GGGGAGCCUUGGGUGUGAUGCCCGAAGGCGGAAAGCAGGCCUCUCUUGUGCAGGUAGCGGCCUGUCCCUGUCGAAUUGAGUUGUUUGUGGCCAAGCGUCGGAACCACUGCGGUGAACUCUCUCUCCGAGCCGCUUGCCGUUUCCUCUCCUUCGAGAUACGUCUCUCUCUCUUGCCUCCACCUUCUUCUUCUUCUUCUUCCUCCUCCUCCUCUUUGGUGGCAAGCGUCCAGGUGCUCCUCCCAAGGCAGGUUGUGCCCGUUCUUUCUCAACCUGGGCUCACCUGGGCUCACCUGGGCUUCUCUCUUCCGGCCUCGGGGCCAUGGCCUCUCACGCAAGUCCUCUCCGCUUCCCCCCUCGGUGGUCCUCGGCCCCCCCGCUCCCUGGACAAAGCCCUCCAAGGCCUGGCCAAGCUCCAGCAGCUGGUCAGCCAGCCCCGCCUGGGCCUGCGGAACAGCCCGCCACACUUCCCACACCUGCUCCUCCAAGCCUCGCUGGGCCUCCAGCGGGUCCAGGAACGGCACGGCAAGGAGGGCUCGGCACGGCUCCUGGAAGAAGGCCAGUAUCUCCCCGUCUUCCUGGCCAAUUUGCAGGAAAAGAUCAAGCAGACGGUCCGGCUCUUCAAGGCGGAGAAGGAGGACGUCUUCAAGGAGGGUUCGCCGGCCAGGAGGUCUCUGACAAAGCUUUCCCUGAUCUUCAGUCACAUGGUGGCCGAACUCCAGGCGCUUUUCCCGGAUGGACAAGACCAAGGAAAUACCUACCAACUCAAGAAACCAGAAGCCCAGGCCUUUUGGAGGGAGACGUGGGGCUCAAGGAGCCUGGUGUCCUGGGCCGAAUUUCGGGAGGGCCUCCACCCGGUGCACCCCAUUGAACCCGGCGCCAUGGCCAUGGCCUUGAAGUCCACCAUCGACCUCACCUGCAGCGGACACAUCUCCAUCUUCGAGUUCGACAUUUUCACCCGCCUCUUCCAGCCCUGGCCAACAUUGCUGAAGAACUGGAGCUACCUUGCGGUGACGCACCCAGGAUACAUGGCCUUCCUCACCUAUGACGAAGUCAAGGAGCGCCUCCAGACCUACACCAACAAGCCGGGCAGCUACAUCUUCCGGCUCAGCUGCACCCGGUUGGGCCAGUGGGCCAUCGGCUACGUCACCGAGAACGGGACCAUCCUGCAAACGAUUCCGCAAAACAAGCCCCUUUUCCAGGCCUUAAUCGACGGACACAAGGAAGGAUUCUACAUGUAUCCCAACGGAAAAAACACCAACCCAGACCUGUCAGAAUUGACGGAAGUCGUCCCUCGAAGCCGAAUCCGGGUCAGCCAGGAGCAGUUUGAGCUCUACUGCCAGGUGGGCUCCACCUUCCAGCUCUGCAAGAUCUGCGCCGAGAACAACAAGGACGUCCGGAUCGAGCCUUGUGGGCACCUCCUCUGUCGCGGGUGCCUGGACGCCUGGCAGCUCUCCGAAGCACAUACCUGUCCCUUCUGUCGCCGGAAAAUCUGUGGCCACGUGGACAUCGUGAUCGACCCCUUCACAUUCGAGGAGAAGGCCCCCGGGGUGGAGGAAGAGGAGGGCGACGAAGGGGACUUGGAGGACAUCGAGGCCGUGCUGCAGGAGCUGGUGGCCGCAAGGCAAGCCAAAGAGAGUGCCGCAAAUGCCAUUUCUGCGACCUGGCCGGAUCCUGGGUUCGAAUUACCCCCGCUCCCUCCUCGGACGAAUCUUCCGCGGCAGAAGGAGAUGCCUUUGCCCAACCCAGACUAUCAGAGUGACUCUUCUUCCGACUGGGUCCGGAGCCGUCCCUUGCCGCGGCUUCCCCCGGACGGUCCAACGACAUCGGUCCCUUGGGACGCGCCAGGACCCUCCCCACUUUUGGGGGCUCAACAGGAACCUCAAAACCUGAGCCGAUGAGCGACGAACGGGAGAGACGGACAGGUGAGGAUCCCUCUUUCCAAUCCAGUUGAUGAAUCAAGCCGAUCGUUGGAUCCAGGUGGACGGAGAAAGUGUUACGCCAUCCAUACCGGAAGCC